AUGGCGCCUUCACUAGUUACGGAGGAUUAUUACAUGAUCCUUGAAGUGGGGCAAACAGCUACUCCCGAGCUAAUUAUUAGAUCUUACAGGCGGCUGGCGUUGAAGCUCCAUCCAGACCGAAAUGCCAAGCACGAUGCUACUGAAGCUUUCCAACUGCUCGGAAAAGCCUACGAGACGUUGAAAGACGAAAACAAACGUCGAGCCUACGAUAUCUUCUACCCUUCUAUAAAUCGAAGUCGUCCCUUUCCUCAAACCACAGGAACACCACGUUCGCCCCCGAGUGCCCUCAGCGAAGCGACACAAAUUGCUGCAAUUCAAAAGCUAAAGCAAGAACGUGGUGUAAGAUGGCUGACCAAAAAGAAUGUCUUGGACUCUUCGAUCUACGAAGUGCAGAGAGUCAUCCGGCGUUUGGAGCAAGAGAUCAAGAAUCUGGAUAGUAUUGCAGCUGCUGAAGCAGCUACAGAGGCAAAGAAGAAUAGUUGGGGAACAUGGUUAUUGUCACCUAUAUACAAGAAGGUAGAAGAUAGUGAAGAGGAGAAAGCACGCAAGGAUAGGGGAAGACAGGAGAGAAGAAUUGAGAAAGAUAUGAAGGAGAGGCGACUGGCGUUGAAGAAGGCGGCCUUGAGAGAAGAGCAAAGUUUAUUAGAAAAGGCGAAAGAGGCAGCAGAGGCAGCGGAUUUUGUCGAUGACGGGAACAUACGACUGCUCCAGCAAAGAAUAUGGGCUAGGGAGGCUUCGGAGAAGCAAGAGAAGGAGAAAGUAGAGCGAGAGAGACAAGCAAGGAUUCGGAAGGAGCAGCAGGAGCAGCAAGAGAAACGGAACCGGGAGGCGGCAGAGGCGCGGUUUAAGCAACUGGCAGAGGAGCAGAAACGGAGUCGGGAGGUGGCAGAGGCAUUGAGAAGACGACAGCGACAGAAUAUUUUCCUUGAUGCAAUCAGAAAUCGCCAGAAACAAUACACACACGUCAACACACCCGAGGAAAGUAAUUACCAGUCUCACCAAUCAGUCUGCCGCCACGACGGCUGGUGGCCAAAAGUACAAGGCCGUACAGAGUGCCCGACGUGCACUGAGAGUUGGACAUAUCUACUGCAGUGCCCGGAUUGUAGUAUGAAGGCAUGUCCGAGAUGUCAACAUGCGAUACGGCCGAAGAGGGGUCGCCGAAACCCUCCGAGAGCGAGGACUCCAAGCCCAGAUUAUAGUUAUGACACCUUCUACUAA